UGUAAAGUAACCUUACGGGCUCCAAUUAUUUUCUAAUUUAAAAUUAAUUUCCACUUGACACGGCCAAAUAUUUUUUAACUGACCUUAAAGCUCGCCUUUAAAUUAUUUAUUACCGGUUCGAAGUAUCAUGGAAGUGUCUCUGCGCAAUUUUCGGAUUUUUAGCCGGUUUAUGCGUAAUUCGUCUUCAGUUACAUCAUGUAGGCAAGUUUCAGGUGUUACUGGAACAUCAGUAAAGGAAGAGGUCGACACGGCACUGGUGAACGCUUACAAUGCCGAUAUUAAAGCGGGAGGAGCAGUGCCAGUGUUCCGGCGAGCCCUGCUGUUCCCAUCACGCGUGGCACUCCAGGAUGAAGUGGGGAUCUACACCUACGCCGGCCUGCAUCAGGCUGCCAGCCAACUCAGCCAAGAAAUCUCUACACAGCUGGGUAAGAAUAAUCACACAUUACAGGAGGGUUCCGUCUUCCGGCGAGCUCUGCUGUUCCCCUCACGCGUGGCGCUCCAGGAUGAAGUGGGGAUCUACACCUAUGCCGGCCUGCAUCAGGCUGCCAGCCAACUCAGCCAAGAAAUCUCUACACAGCUGGCGGGCGAUGGUGAGAAGACUAUCUGCUACAUGUGCGGCAACAACGCGUCCCACAUUAUCGUACAGUGGGCUAUCUGGAUGUCGGGGAACAUAGCCGUGCCCCUGACCCCGCUCCACCCUCCAGAGAUGCUCAAGUACUUCCUACAAGACAGCAGAGCGAGUCUAGUCAUAUGCACCAAUGAAUACGAAAAUGUCCUCCGCCCGCUGGCUAAGGACAUGAAAAAACCCCUACUUAUUACUGGAAAGGACAAGGAGAUAACCGCUCAGUUGUACCAACCUAACAAUUGGUUUUCGUCCAAAGAGGAAGUUACUGACGUGGGAAGAUCUAAUUUGUGGUACGGAGAGAAAGACGCGCUACUUAUCUAUACUAGCGGGACCACAAGCAAGCCCAAAGGCGUCGUUUGGACACACUCCAUGCUCAGCGCUCAGAUAGCGUCUCUCCACCAAGCAUGGCGGUAUUCCCGGCAAGACGUAGUUUUACACGCGCUGCCGCUGCACCAUAUCCACGGACAGCUUAAUUCUAUGCUAUCAACACUCGCUAUUGGCGCCAGAUUGCGGAUGCUGCCCUCCUUCGUAUCGCACACCGUUUGGGCACGUCUACUCGGGAUGGGUGAACGGGAGGAAGCUAAAGUGACCGUAUUCCACGGUGUACCCGCCAUGUACGCUCGCCUCGCGGCCGACCACGAGAAGAUGUUCCAAACGCCUAAAACUGCAGAAUACGUCAAAACCACGCUUCGGAGAAUGAGACUCAUGUGUGCCGGCUCCGCGUCGCUGCCGGAGUCGCUGUUCCAUAAAUGGGAACAGAUAUCAGGGCAGCGUCUCCUCGAACGCUACGGCAUGUCGGAAGUGGGCAUGGCGCUGUCCAACGCAUACCGGCCGAUCUCGGCGCGUGCCGUCGGAUGCGUCGGCAUGCCGCUGCCUGGGGUUUCUGCGCGGAUUGCUGCCAAUGAUAAUGGGGUGCUGAAACCUGUUGUCACUGUGACAGCACCACCUGUAGAUACUACGUUACCUCUAGAACAAUCCACCCAGGAUACCAAGGACACUGAUGACACCUGGACCACAGCAGAGGUGACCAAACACAUGGAUACGGACUGCCAGGGUGAGCUGCUGCUUAAGGGUCCCGGAGUUUUCUCAAGAUACUACAACCGGGACCGGAAAUCGGACGAUUUUACCCCCGACGGCUGGUUCCGCACGGGCGACACGGCCGCCUUCACUGACAACUUCAAGAUCCUCGGCAGAACCUCUGUUGACAUCAUUAAGACCGGUGGAUACAAGGUCAGCGCUCUCCAAGUGGAGUCAGCCAUACUGGAGCACCCCCGGAUCGCGGAUGCAGCCGUAUUGGGGAUCGACGACGCGAGCUACGGCGACGCCGUCUCCUCAGUCGUCGUUCUUAAAGACCAGGCCACCAUGACUCUGCAGGAAUUGAAAGAGGAUGCCAGCAAGCGUCUCGCGCCGUACCAGAUCCCCAGGAAACUGCUGGUGGUGAAGGAAAUGCCCAGAAACGUCAUGGGAAAACUAGACAAGAAGAAAAUACGGGAACUGUAUGGCGACGAGUUGAAGAUGUAAGAUGUAACGGCAGAACAACAAAAAGGCACCUGUGGUGAUAUUGUCGGGGUAAGUGCUGAAACCAUCUGAAAAAUAAGUUUAUGGGGGGUAUUACUGCAAUGUUCUGCCGCCAGAGUGCAGCACUAAGCUAGCAAACAAUAGAGUAACAUACAUACUGUGCGUUAAACUGUUUUGUGACAAGUUUUCACAUACAAUGACAUUGAUGCAUCAAGGCGGUUUAUUAACAAGGGCGUACCGGGUAAUGCGAAAAUAGAAAUUUAGUUAUCUGCCUCUUUUUCG